CCAGUUUCGAUAGACGGACAGUCAGUCAGCGCAAGUGUACCACUCAGUACGCAAACAUAUCGUCUCCGUGCAAUACAUUCUCGCACACGGACGGCUCACCGUCAUCUUCUUCUUGCCUUGUGCCUGUAGGUGGUAUAGGCCCAGUAGUGGUCCUAAAUAACAACAUCACCUCUCGUAUAAGGUUGCACCGCGGGGCCCGUUAUUUACCAGAUCUUAGUCAUCGCAGUGAAAUUUUGCCAGUGCCUGGAGAGGAAAUUUCUCCCUAAAUUUCGUUUAGUGUCUUACCCCAGUGAAAAGAAAAAUCAAUUUUUGAAUAACUAAAGUGUGAUAACAUUAAGUAGAUAUCCGAAAAUAAACUGUUUCAUCUUAAAAACAAUAUAAGAAACUAUGCAAUCCGAAAACGAAACAUAUCUUGGGCUGGAUCUAAGCACCCAAAAGCUGAAGGCCGUCCUGCUGAACGCAAAGCUCGAGAAUGUUGCCCACGCGGAGGUCAAAUUCGACUCGGACCUGCCAGAGUUCCGCACCAGCGGAGGCGUUAAUGCCGGAACUGCCAAAAAUGAAUUCUACGUCCAACCGGUGAUGUGGGUGAAAGCUCUGGACAUGGUGCUGGACCGAUUGGUCGUCCAGGGAGGUGACCUCAGCACGGUGAUGGCCGUCAGUGGAUCGGCCCAGCAGCACGGUUCCCUGUACUGGUCCCGCAGCGGAGUGCAGACCCUGCGCAAUCUGGACGCCGACAAGUUCCUGCACACGCAGAUUGACGAUUCGGCGUUCACCGUGCACCGGACGCCCAUCUGGAUGGACAGCACCACCGGGAAGCAGUGCCAGGAGAUGGAGGAAGCGGUCGGUGGACGGGAGAAAAUGGUGCACAUUACGGGGUCCAAGUGCUACGAGCGGUUCACGGGGCCCCAGAUCAGAAAGGUCUAUCAGCAGCGACCGGACUGCUACCGGAAUACGGAACGAAUCUCGCUGGUCAGCAGCUUUUUGGCGUCGAUAUUUCUGGGAGAAGUGGCGCCGAUCGAUCUGGCUGAUGGUUCCGGGAUGAAUUUGCUGGACAUUCGGAAGAGGACGUGGUCGGAUGCGUGUCUAACGGCGUGUGCGCCGAACUUGGAAGCGAAAUUGGGAAACCCCGUGCCUACAAGUUCGGUGAUUGGGACAAUCGGUCAGUUCUUCGUGCAGCGUUACAAUUUUAACACGGCUUGCAAGGUGGUGGCCUUUACCGGGGACAAUCUGUCCGCGCUGGCGGGGAUGGUGAUUGGGGAAGAUUGGCUGGCGUUGUCCUUGGGAACGAGUGAUACGAUUAUGAUGCGACUGAGUGAACCGCCCAAUCUGCUGGAAGGUCACGUGCUAGCGCAUCCGACCAAUGAAGGGUACAUGGGACUGCUGUGCUUCCGCAAUGGGUCCCUGGUCAGGGAUAUAUUCAAACGGGCCGAAGCAAACGAUAAUUGGGAGAAUUUCAGCGAACUUUUAGACUCGACUCCACGGGGAAACUUCGGCAACAUCGCGUUGCAUUUCAUCUCCCAGGAAAUCUUGCCGUCCGUAAAAGGAUCGCUUCGGUGGAACAAGGGCUCCAACCUGGACGAACCCGAACUGGCCAAGGGGGUCUUGAAGUUCAGUUCCCCACAGGCGGAAAUCCGUGCACUGAUCGAAGGGCAGAUGUUGACCAGGAAGGCUUUCGCUGCGGAGAUGGGAUUCAGCUUCGGAGAGAACACUCGGAUUCUGGCCACCGGUGGAGCAUCGGCCAACAAGUCGAUCCUGCAGGUCGUGUCCGACGUGUUCAACGCCCCGGUGUACACCCAGCAGACGACGGAAGCAGCCCUGCUGGGAGCCGCCUAUCGAGCCAAGUACGUCCUGGAGGCGGAUCGUGCCAAAGAAGGCGGCCAGGUGGCACUCGAGUCGUACUUCAAAUACAUUCGGAACCUUCUGCCGGAGCACAGCGUCACCAGGGUUUGCGAUCCCGCCCAGGACAGCAGCGACAUCUACGACCAAAUGCUGGAACGGUAUCAUCACAUGGUACAGUACAUGAUGCUGCACCAGGAUUAAAGUGAUGGGAAAUCAGUUUGACGACAUUCCACGUGGAACCACAUUCCAGCUGAAAAGCCAUAGGCUUUCUUUCCUUCCUACAUCGACUUAAAAAAACGAGCUUGGCGUCGAGCAUAACGACCACGAUUACGCUAACAGUAGAAUUUAUUGUUAUUUUUGUAGAUAUUAUGUUGAUUCUUUUUAUAUGCAUCAUAGUAGGAAAUGCCGCUAAUUGAAUGUUACUUUAGACGAAAUAAAUCUUGCGGAAAUUUAUGGUA